GGAGGAAGGAGAGAGAGAGAGGGACUUCGUUAAAAGUCGGUUAGGCAGUGGAGCUCAAAUCUUCUACACCCAAAAGUCAGGAGAGUCGAGAGACUUCGUUAAAAGCAAGUGCUGAAGACGUUCAUUUUACGCUUCCAACGAUUCGACCAAAGUUUUGGGAUUUUUUUGCCGCCGCCGACCGCCGACCGCCAUGGACGCCGCCGCAUGCUCUCGUGUUCUUCCUCAGAUCAACCUCUCCCAUUCGGAUCAUAGAUUAUCCACUGGUAGGUCGGGACCUGCCUCUUUCCGUUCAUCCAAGCGAUUGCUAGUUCCGAAACAGCUCACAGUUUCUUGCUCUACACCGAUUGAUAAGGGAAAUGACAUGUUUGGAAUAUCACAUUGUUCUAAGAAAAACCCUGUGGGGGAAGUAUUAUGCCCUGCUGGUGUAUGCACUUAUGGUGGGACUGCUGUAGAGUCUCAUUCCCAUGCUGCGGAAGAGAAGGUUGGAGUGCUGCUUCUGAAUCUUGGAGGACCCGAGACGCUUAAUGAUGUUCAGCCGUUUUUGUUCAAUCUUUUUGCCGACCCGGAUAUCAUUCGUCUCCCAAGGUUGUUUCGGUUUCUCCAGCAACCAUUGGCGAAAUUAAUUUCUGUACUUCGAGCUCCAAAAAGCAAAGAAGGUUAUGCUGCUAUAGGAGGUGGUUCACCAUUGCGUAAAAUUACAAAUGAGCAGGCAAAUGAACUCAGAAAGACUCUGGAAUCAAAGGACUUGCCUGUUAAUGUCUAUGUGGGAAUGCGUUAUUGGUACCCAUUUACUGAGGAAGCAGUUCAGCAAAUUAAGAAAGACAGAAUAACCAGGCUUGUUGUCCUGCCUCUAUAUCCUCAGUUCUCUAUCUCUACAACUGGAUCAAGCGUUCGUGUGCUCGAGGAUAUUUUCAGGAAAGACGCCUACCUAUCAAGGAUGCCUGUUUCUAUUAUAAACUCAUGGUAUCAACGUGAAGGCUAUAUUAAGUCAAUGGCCGACUUGAUUUCCAAAGAACUAGAAAGUUUUUCUGAGCCUGCAGAGGUCAUGAUAUUCUUCAGUGCCCACGGAGUGCCGCUCAGUUAUGUGGAGGAUGCUGGAGAUCCUUACAAAGAUCAAAUGGAAGAGUGCAUCUUCUUAAUAAUGAAAGAGUUGAAAUCUCGAGGAAUCAACAAUGAACAUACUCUUGCUUACCAGAGCCGAGUUGGUCCUGUGCAAUGGUUAAAGCCCUACACUGAUGAAGUUCUUGUUGAGCUUGGCCAGAAAGGCGUGAAAAGUCUCCUAGCUGUUCCAGUCAGCUUUGUGAGCGAGCACAUAGAGACUCUUGAAGAAAUUGAUAUGGAGUACAGGGAAUUGGCCCUCGAAUCUGGCAUUGAGAAUUGGGGUCGAGUCCCUGCCCUUGGUUGCACUCCUUCGUUUAUAACAGACCUCGCAGAUGCCGUGAUAGAAGCCGUACCACUUGCAACAGCCAUGUCAACCCCACAAACUACCUCAGAAGUAGCCGAUCACGACCCUGUGAGAUACGCUAUCAAGAUGUUCUUUGGUCCCUUUUUGGCUUUCAUUUUGUUCUUUUCUCCGAUGAUAAUGGCAUUCAGGAACACCUGAUUUAAGGAAGAUAUUAAGCAGUCACUUACGUAGAAGAAGAGUCGAAACACUACGAACAAUCCCCCAUCCGCUUCCAGUUGACCCUCAUACUCCAUGCGGAACGAGCUUUUUGCAGUUUUCAAUUCAUUCAUAAAUGUAAAUUUUUUUUUUUAAAUAAUUUUUUAUAAAGCUUGGUGAACACGCUUUGAGUCAAGAAGCAUAUCUUAGAUUCUAAUUCUACUUUGUACGUUUUGGAUGUUAUGAUUUGUACCUAAAGCUGGUUUUAAAUUUACUUUUUGAGAAUAAACAUCCGCUUCUGGUGUCAUUCUGCCA